AUGACGGCGGUAAAAAGUGAGGAAAGUGAUAAUAAAAGUGACAUUUUUACAAAAAUAGAACGUUUCGGAAGAUAUCAAACUGUACAAUAUAUUUUAGUUUGUUUAACUUUAUUUAUGAUUUCUAUGACACACGUAAAUUAUGUAUUUGUAGCCGAAAAUGUUAAUUACAGAUGUCGUGUCCCCGAAUGCGAACAUGAGAAUCAGAAGAUGGAAAUACCCACAUGGUGGCCAGAAGACAUCGAUCACAAGUGCUACAAACCUAUUCUAAAUACUAAGAAAUGGGCUUUGUCAAAUGGAACCUGUUCUAAUUCUUCUUUCAAUGGAGUAAUAGAAGAGUGCCAGCAUUGGAUCUACGAAAACAACAAUUCUAUCGUUGCCGAGUUAAACUUGGCGUGCCAACCGUGGAAGGUAAAUUUAGUAGGAGGCGUCCACAACGCAGGGAUGAUAGUAUCCAUGAUAUUCACUGGAUGGAUAGCUGACAAAAUCGGAAGAAAACCAACCUUCAUAAUUUGCGCUGUCGGUGCAAGUGUUGGAGUAUUUAAAAUAUUCAUGACUAACUACUACUGCUACUUGGCACUGGAAUUUCUAGAAUCUGUGAUGGGAUCAGGGCUUUAUACUGUAGGCGUGGUUUUAUUGAUCGAAGUAGGAGGAAGUUCCAAAAGAGUCCUUGCCGGAAUCAUCUUUUCGUAUGCUGUUUACAUUGGUGAAAUAGUGUUCGCAUUCUUAGCAAUGAGCCUUCAUUAUUGGAAAUGGUUGAUAAUAGUAGUCUACGCUCCUAUGUCACUCUUCGGUUUAUAUUUUUUCUGUCUAAGAGAAAGUACAAGAUGGCAAAUGAUACGUGGAAGAUUGGAAGAAGCCAAAGAAACUUUGAAGAUUAUGGUAAGAAAGAACAAAAUCGAUUUGCCAGAGAAAGAAAUAGAGGAUGCAAGUGACGACCAAAUGCGACUAAUGUUUGAUAUCGUAGAACAAAAAGAGAAGGAAGGUAUGAAGGUCAUAAUAGGAUCGAAGGAGAUAAUGACCCGUUUGUCAGUGUCGUCAUUCAGCUUCUUCACUUCUAGUUUCUUGUACUAUGGAUCCCUAGUUCACGUAGUUUUGCUACCAGGAAAUAAAUAUACCAAUUUUAUUCUCUCUGCAUUUACGGCAUUCCCAGGAGAAAUGCUCGCUUAUUACACAUUUAACAAGUAUGGAAGAAGAAUAACUUUGCAAUGUGGUUAUUUACUUUCCGCAGUAUUUCUUAUUGCCCAGAAUUACUGCCCAUCUUCACUAUCUUGGUUGAAGGUGAUAUUAUUCUUGAUCGGGAAACUUGGAGUUGUGAUCUGCUUUACUGGUAUUUACACCUACAGUCUGGAGUUAUUCCCUACCAGUGUCAGAGGAACCCUGCUUGGCUGGGGCAACACGGCUGCCAGGGUUGGCAGUAUGUUAGCACCGUUGACACCUUUAUUGAUAACUGAAAUACCAGCGCUCCCGUCAUUCCUGUUUUCAUCAAGUGCUGUAAUGGCUGCGCUCCUGUUAACAUUCACGCCAGAGACCAAAAACUUGCCAAUGUUUGACACAAUCGCUCAAGUCGAUUCCUACAAAACUGCACAAUUCAAAGAAGAUAACGUUGAAACAGCUACGGGGCCAAACAUUAUAUCUACGAAAUUAUAG